ACUGUUUCCUUGUUGUCCUGAUGGUGUGUGUCUGUACUGUGUGUGAUGUUUAAACUGGGAAGCUGGGGCUUUGAGGAUUUCUGUGCGCUUGCUGGAGGAGGAGUGGAGGAGGAUCAGUAUCAGGAGGAGGGUGUGUGUGUGUGAGGGGGAAGAAGGGCUCGAGGUUUCCGGUAUUGGGAGAGCAUCUUCACCGGUGGAGAGAGAGGAUUCGAGCAGCUCCAUACUGAUGCUGAGUCAGAGACAGGUGGAUCCGUGGGCCUUUGUCUCUGGAGCCUCGGGUGAAGAUGGAGGAGCUGGAACACACCUGCCCUCAUCCUCGGACGACUCUCACAGAACCCGCCAUAUUUGCCCAGGAGACGAGCUGCGAGUGUCGAGCGCCCCAUGAGAAGCUGAGUGUUGAACAGGCUCGACUCGGCACUCCCGUGGACCGUCCAGUACGCGUGUAUGCAGAUGGGAUUUUUGAUCUUUUCCACUCCGGCCACGCCCGAGCGCUGAUGCAGGCCAAGAAUCUCUUCCCCAACACGUACCUGAUCGUCGGAGUUUGCAGCGAUGAACUCACUCACAAGUACAAGGGCUUCACGGUGAUGACGGAGGAGGAGCGUUACGAAGCAUUACGACACUGUCGCUACGUGGAUGAGGUGGUGAGAGACGCUCCCUGGACCCUCACGCAGGAGUUCCUGGAGAAACACAAGAUUGACUUUGUGGCCCAUGAUGAUAUCCCAUACUCCUCGGCUGGAUCUGAGGACGUGUACAAACAUAUAAAGGAGGCAGGGAUGUUUGUGCCCACUCAAAGGACAGAGGGAAUUUCCACAUCUGACCUGAUCACUCGUAUCGUGCGAGAUUACGACGUUUACGCCAGACGCAACCUGGAGCGAGGAUACACAGCCAAGGAGCUGAACGUCAGCUACAUCAACGAGAAGAAAUACCGUUUGCAGAACCAGGUGGACAGGAUGAAGGAGAAGGUGCGGACGGUGGAGGAAAAAUCCAAACACUUUGUGUACCGUGUGGAGGAGAAGAGUCACGACCUGAUCCAGAAGUGGGAGGAGAAAUCACGAGAGUUUAUCGGGAACUUUCUGGAACUUUUUGGUCCUGAUGGCACGUGGAAGCAGAUGUUUCAGGAGCGCAGUGGUCGUAUGAUCCAGGCGUUCUCUCCCCGCGGUUCUCCCAGCAGCAGUCCCCCCAGGGAUUUCUCUCCGUCCCGCUCUCCGUCUCCUCCGUCCCGCUGGGCCGUACCGAGGACCUCGCCUCCCAGUUCUCCCAAAGGUGCCUCGGCCUCCAUCAGCAGCAUGAGCGAGGGAGACGAGGACGAGAAGUGAGGACGAGAAGUGAGGACGAGGAGCGAGGACUCACACACCCAAAACACACACACACCUUUCUCCUUUACCUGUACACUCCAGCAGUGACGAGCUCCACGAGUCUCCUCUUAGACAAAAGAAAAUUGUAAAUAUGCUGUAUGCAAUCGGAGACCAAUCGCGUCCUCUCGAGCUUUUCUGAUUUUAACCAGUUCACAUGAAAGCCAUUGAUUUAUUCUCUUUAGCAGAGAGGAGAUGAUGAUGUAGAUAAGAGAUAAGGGCGAGGAGCGUGUGAGUGAUCUGCCUUUUCUUGCUCAGGUUUGACUGAAAGACCGUCCAUGUAAAGUACUGUACAUCUCUGUCUGAGGUUUUCAUUUGCUUCUUUAAGGACAGAGAAGAACACUUGAACCUGUUUGUUUCUUCAGACACUUGAUCAUAUCUGUUAUUAUCAGAUCAUUAAAGGAACAGUUUGGACAAAACACACACACACACACGUCCUGCUUAAUGCUGAAUGUAGAGGAUGAGCUGAGACACGUUUCACUGUCCGACAUCUGCUUCGUUAGUUUUGGGUCAGUGAUCUGUUUCACUCUCACCGCAGUUUCACCAGCACUGACAUCUGAAUGGAGAUUUUCUCAAUUUUAUGCAAAUUAGGUAAAAUAUAAAAAAGUGAUAAAUCCAAAUUUAGACCAACCCCAUGCUCCCUGUGAUGCAACACACUAAAAAAACAAUGGACAGGCCACAUCUAAACACACCAAUAGCAGCGCUAGCAACACAUUGUGCUGCUUGUAAAUUUGGUCAGAAAUUAAAUCACUCAUACACUGACAAACUCCGCCUUCAGGCCACGCCCCUUACACUAGCCUGUUCCUCCAGUCACUGAGGAGAUGCAGCUAUAGGAUGAUUUACACCACAUUUAGUGCACAGGGUUAAACUGGGACCAGUACAGGGUGGUUAAUGGUUAGAAACAGUUUAAGUCAUCAGACUCCCAGUUUAAACAUCUCUUAGCUGUCUGAAAACUCUGCAUUUGCAUAUAUAUUUUUGUCCAAAUUGCUCCUACAAUAUGCAGUGACAUUAUUAGGGGCCGAGAUGCUGGAAUUUAGAAAAGCCGUUUUGUUUUAAAUUAUUGUAUCAACAUCUGCAUCAACAUCUGUCGUGGCAACGUGACUGCUACCUCCACAUCCAGCUCCAGCUUCCAUCUGCGAUCAAAUUCAUGUCCGAAAUCAUUAGAGACGAGAUUGUCGGUGGAAAGGAUCAGACAGACGGCUCACGUGUCAUUAAACGUCUAAUCGUUAAAACCUUAUGGCUAGUGCCGACGUGGCCGUGUCGUAAACGCUAACGUUAACGCAGUGCUCCAUGGAAUCACAUGCCCUGGAUGCAAACUUGCACUGUGUA